UAGGUUUUUGGAUAUUCAAUUACAAAUGCACCGACAGCUACGUUUCUGACUAUCUAUAUCCCAGCGUGUGCCCUCCCAAAGACUCUACAGUACUACCCAACGGAGCAUCAAAAGAUUUAGCCCAAUCACGAUGGCCGAAUCUACAAAGCUCAUCUACCAACAAGACGGACAACUGCUGCUCCACGGCGCCAAAGUUCUGUCCAUCAUCCCAGUUUCCAAACUCCCAGAGGCAGACCAAGCCCUGGCCAAAGACUCAGCCGAAAUAGAGCAUGCCGUGGUCACCGACUCCACGAUCUUCCACGUCCAGGGCGGCGGCCAGCCCUCAGACACCGGAACCAUGACCACGGACGUAGCGCCCAAAGCAGACUUAAUCUUCGAAGUGAAGUCAGUCCGCCAACCAGCCCAGGGGAACCAGAUCCUUCACUUGGGUCGGUUCGUCCCGGUCGGGACUACGCAGUUCGACUCCGGGGAGGAAGUCCAGCAGCGCGUUGACGCUGAGAAGCGGAACCUGCACUCUCGUCUUCAUACCGCUGGACACGUCAUGAGUUUGGCGAUUCAUGCGCUGUGUCGCGAAGGUGUGCUUCCCCCGGUGAAGGAGUCGAAGGCGUCGCAUUAUCCGGGUUCGGCGUCGGUUUCUUUUGAGGGGACGUUGGAGGGUAAGCAUAAGGAGCUUAUUCAGGCGAAGACGGAUGAGUUUGUGCGGUCGGCGAGUCCGGUUAGGAUUCAUUGGUGGUCCAUGGAGGAGUUGAAGGAGAAGUGUUAUGUUGCGGAGGGGUUUGCGUUGCCCGAGGGUGAGACGCUGGGGAGAGUGGUUGAGAUGGAAGGAUUGGGAAGUUAUCCUUGUGGGGGCACACAUGUGACGGAUUGUAGUCUUGUGGGGAAGAUUGAGGUGAAGAAGAUUUCAAGGUCGAAGGGGGUUAGUAGGGUGUCGUAUACUGUUGUAUAGUGUUUUGGGUGAUUUGAGUAUAGAGAGUUGGGAGUUAUAGACGGUGGUGAUGUUUGGGGAUAGAAGUGUACUCAAUAUUAUGCAGUAUGAGCAUGAGCUAAUGUUGGAUGUUUGUUACGGAGGACACAGUUUUAAUACGGCCAUUGAAACUAGCUUGGAAUCAUCCAUUGUCAGGUCUGUAG